AUGCUGAGCUCCGAUCUAUGCAAUUAUGACCCCAAACAAAGACUUGUGUUCACUGCAGACGCUUCCGAUCAUGUCGUAGUCUCUCUUAUUUCCCAUGUAUGGCCCAAUGAGACUGAACGACCUAUCGCUCAUGUCUCUCCUACCUUACCAUCAACUGGGAACUACAGACAGACAGAAGAAGAUGCCCAAGAAACCAUCUUGGGUGUCAAGAAAUUUCACAAGUACAUUAGCCGUUGCUCGUUCACGCUACUCACAGACUACAAACCACUCCAGUCAAUCCCAUUGCAUACGGCUAAUCGACUACAACACUGGUCUAUUGGCUUAUUGGCCGGAAAUGCACCGUUUAAUCGAGGUCUACUGUUGAACAUCGGAGCACGGGAGGCACUUCUGCGUGAUCCAACAGUGGAUUGUUUUGUUUUUCAUGAUGUAGAUUUACUGCCGGAGAACAGUGACAAUUUAUACGUCUGUGAUAAUCAUCUACGGCAUCUGGCUGCUGGAGUGGACGAGUUCCGGUUUCACGUCCCGUUUCUCAAUUAUGCGGGCGGUGUCAGUUCCCUCUCCAAAGAGAAUAUGAUUAAGGUUUGUUCACCCCGAUAUCUCUAUUUCCCGAAUCCCAUAUCUGUUGACAAUACUGACCAUACUGAGCUCUUCCGGAACCUGUCUAGGAGGGCAUAUCUCCCUUUCCACCCAGUGAACAGACAACGGUGA